AUGGGGAAACUGUUUGAAGAAGACAGUGGUGAGUGAACCUCUACCCUUGUCUCUUUUUUAAAUUUGUCGUGUUAGUUGCUCUUUUUACACUAUACAUGACUAUGUUUGAUGAUUCAAGAGCAAGUCUUACCCCGCUUGUAAUAGGGAUGUUAUAACGCUAAUCAUACUUUGAAAUAAAUUUAAAGAUAGCGCCGUUAAUUUUUUGCAGGCCCCGAAUAGACCUCACUCAUUUGACCGCCACCUAAAGAUGAAUUGGAGCCUUACGUUUUUGCUGCGUACCAUAAUUUUUCUGCUAUUGAUAGAAGCUUCAAAUGGCCAUGACGAAAGUAAAACGUCAACAGACAUGAUGCAAUGCCUGAGAAAACUCUAUCCAUCUUCAUUCAAGACCAGACAAGGCAAUCCAGUACCAAAUAAACAGGUAAACUGUUCUAUCAUGCCACACACUGGGGCCCAGCACCAGUUUGACGUAAGCACUGCAUUAGACCCUCGCUUAAAAAAUGACAGAUUGUUGUUCUUGACUGUACAUAUACAGUGCCGCGAACCGGCGGAAAUCGUUUUUAAUAAUUCGCACAACGUGGCCGACAACUUUACAAUGUUGACUUUGAUCAUCAGUGGACCGUGUCACGUCUCAAUGAAAAAUCUUGCCUUGUGGUCAAACGUGACUGAUUUCCACGGACUUGGCUUUAAAGAAGGAAAAAAUGGACGUUUUCCAAAACUUUUAAAGGAUUAUGCAUUUGAAAGUGAAAUUCAAAGUCUGGCAAGCUUGAGAGCCUUAUCGCUUGAUAGCAAUUUCCCCCUAGCUAUAUUGGAUGCACUCUCCGAAAUUACGGGUGUAAGGUCGAAAAUGGCAGAACUCGCGUUGACAAAUCUCUCACUCAAAAGAAUGCCAGAGAAACUACAAACAGUAAUGCCUAGACUACAAACACUCGACCUACGAUUUAAUAAAUUGACCCAGCCACCCAUCUUUCCCUGGAAUAAUACCGCUUUAAAGUUUCCUCAUGGUUUAAUAGGAGCGAAAGGGUUAAAGGUAAAGACACUUGGAGGUAGUGACGUCGAUGCGGACAAUUAUGUGCGUAGUUUAAGACUAGAUGGCAAUAUCAUUCAAGAUUUAUCGUUGCACGAGUUCCACGGAUUUCUGCACAAACUUUCACUUACCAGAAAUGGUUUGCAAACAAUUGGAGCGACAAGCUUUCAGAAUUUGAGCGGAAUUCAGGUGAUCGAUAUCAGUAAGAACAAUAUUCAAGAACUCCCAUCCCAGUUGUUCCAUGGCUUAAACUCUCUGACCGAAAUUCAGCUGCAUGAGAAUAACUUAUCUGUUGUUCCGGCGGAAUUAUUCAGAGGCUCAGAAAAUAUCAUGAAAAUUACUUUGGGACAUAACAAGAUCAGGAAAAUCGCCGGUGGACUGUUUAACUCCUCCAAAAGACUUCUGAUUCUACAUUUAGAAGGGAACAGAAUCAAAACAGUCGAAGAAGGUGCUUUUUCAAAUAGUUUACGAGAGGUUUACCUUCAAAAUAACGUUCUCUCCUACUUUCCCAUUUCUUUAUUUCGCCUUCAAAAUGUGUCAAAAAUAGAUCUCUCUUUUAACGCGUUAACCUUUCAAGAUCUUAUCAAUCUUUUAGAAAAUUUAGAUUUUGAGACAGACAACGUCUCGUUCCAGGAAACUCAGCCUAAACUACUUGAUUUGAAAAACAACAACUUUACGUCGUUGAGCAUGCAAGGCGUAAAGGAGCCUGAUGCACUGAAGCUUUCUCGUUUCUUGGAAAUUUACGAGGUCAAUUUAGAGGGUAAUCCUCUCAUAUGCGAUUGUAGUAUAAUAGCUAUCAAGCGCAAGAUAGAACUCCUCUCUAAAAAUAAUCCUGGCUCGAAAAUCCGCUUCAGAUCUUGGAAAUGUGCUUGGCCCGAACAAAUGAGGGACAAAACCAUCCUUGAAACUAACGCAAAUGAUUUGAUUAAGCAAAAUGAACCGAGACAGUGCCCUAAGGAAUGCUCGUGUUUUGAGAGAUGUUCAGAUCAAACUGUUGUCAUUGAUUGCCAAGGAAGGAAACUCGGCAUAAUGCCAAAAACACUUCCAAGUAGUGAUUCAAUUCAGCUCAACUUACGAAACAACUACAUCCGAGAUAUACCAAGACAUCCUUAUUUGAAAAACCUUACAGCUUUGUAUUUGACGCACAACGAGAUCCAACGAUUAAAUGAAGUGGUAGUAGACAGCUUCGAAAGGAUCAGGAUUCUCCAUAUGGAUUCAAACAAUUUGACAACACUUCCUAGAAACAUCGAGAAUCUUUUUCUCACUAAUCUUGCGUUACAUGAUAAUAAUUUUGAUUGUAAUUGUUCAACGAAGUGGAUGAAAAACUGGCUGCAGAAUCUUAACGAUAAUGGUCAAGUUGAGAGAGUCGAAAAUAUUCUUUGUAAGUCGGACGGUUCCAUGGAGGAGAAAGCAGUUUACAUAUUGCCUGACGAGAGAUUUGGCUGCAAUGGAACGGUGGGUCAGAGUGUUAGAUCAACUAACACUCCGAAUCCUACUUCCUCAGUCAUCACUAGUGCUGUCCUUGGAACUUUAUUGGCCAUAUCCAUAAUCAUUUCUAUUCUCGUGCAUGUUUACCGAAGAGAACUCAAAGCAAUCAUUAACACCCACCUAAACCGGUGGCCGUUUGGGGGCAAAAAUGACUCGGAUUCAACGAAGAUAUACGAUGCGUUCGUAUCCUACAGCGAAAAUGACCGCCACUGGGUUGUGAAUAUACUACAAGAACGACUAGAAAAACGUCAUCCAAUUUUUAAACUGUGCAUUCACCACCGGGACUUUGAAAUCGGUACACCAAUAGUCAAAAACAUUUUGAACAGCGUGGAAAAGAGUAACCGUAUGCUCAUAGUGUUAUCUCGCACCUUCUUACAGAGUGAGUGGUGCAUGUUAGAGUUUCGUACAGCGCACCACAAAGUGCUGGAGGAUCGCCUUAAACUGAUCGUUAUUCUGUUUGAUGAUGUGACUUUGGAUGAGCUGGAUGGAGAAAUAAAGCUGUACUUACGCACCAACACCUACCUCAGCAUCAAAGACAAAUGGUUCUGGGAGAAGUUGAUUCAUGCCAUGCAGAGUAACAAAAAAGAGAAAUUCCGGAAACCUCUCUUGUAA